AGUUACCCAUACUGUCAUACAGCUACUCAGGACAGGUGUGUGACUGAUACAACACAUAACUGGCUGCAGUGAUUUUUUCGUCUCUUUUACUACACUGGAGGGGACAACCUGUACAUGCAACAUCUUGUUUUCUGUGAAUCAGGGCAAUGAGAUAAUACGAUCCAACCUUACUCUCUCAAUGGAAACACAGGCAAACAUUGAAAUGGCACACACAGAGAUCCAAGAGGAGAUAAGCAAAGAGCCGUUGAAGGAUAUGACAGAAGAACAAUUCCUUAAAGAUCUCUACCUGUUCAUGAAGACAAAAGACACACCCAUAGAAAGAAUCCCAAAUCUGGGCUUCAAACAAAUUGAUCUAUUUUUGAUGUUCAAGGUUGUCAGAGACUUGGGUGGCUACAACCAGGUGACUGCUCAGCAGCUGUGGAAACAAGUGUACAACACGCUGGGAGGAAACCCUCGAAGCACAAGUGCAGCCACCUGCACCCGCAGACACUACGAGAAGCUGCUUCUGCCAUACGAAUGCCAUGUGAGGGGAACAUUGUUGAAUGUGUUUCCUCGUAUUCAACCAAAGCACUUUGUCUUUCCGAACUGCAGCAAAAAACAUGUUGAUGGCCAGAGGCCAGCUAAACGCAAGCUGCCCUCAGUAUAUCUGUACCAGAACCCUAAUGACGUCCAGCCAGACCCACACGAGAGUGUCUUCCCUCUGCAGCCCCAUUUCCCUCACUACUAUCAACACAGCAAUGCAGUUCUGCCCCCCCAUGUUCCUAUGUACUCCUCGAUAUUAACACCAAAUAAGGCCCCUGCUCCAAAGCCCUGGGUUCCUUUGUCUCCAUCUCGUCUCAACCUAACAGACACGGUUAAGGAGCCACUGCAGCAGCUACGCUUUCUGGCAGAACAGUACAAGACAACAUCUGGAUUGACUGAGCCUCUCAACCUUAGCGUUAAUAAAGCCUCAGGGCGGGAAACCGGCAGCAACCCCGCCUCAUCGUUCACGGCACCUUCAUCCAGCAAGAAUCCAAAGUUCUUGAACAAACCCUCCCCUUUAUAUAGUCCUCAUUGCCAGCAGGUGGUGAGAGAUGACGGAUGUGAGGUGGAAGAUGGUGAAGCAGAUUCAGGAGACACACCAUGUUCAUAUCCUGUGAACGCCAAAGAGGCAUAUGCCGUUGAUGUCAAAGCUACAACAGCGUCAAUCAGCCCUACAUAUGAGUCUGCUCCGACACUGAGAACAGAUGAAGGCGCUCCCACAGUGGCACAAAAACCCAGCUCUCCGAAGACAGACUUAACAAUCCAGCCAAAACAAGAAAGGGAGGGUAGUCCAGAAGUAAGGGAGCUCAAUCUGAGUCACAUACUGCCUGGCAUGCCUCAACAGAACGGAGGCAAGAUGGAAAUUGAGGUACCGCUGUCUGUGUUCAAUGACUGGCUCAGGCUGAGUGGGUCUUCAGCUUUGAAGCCUGGAGUUAAGCAGCUACCUCCUCUUCCUCCUCAGGAAGGAUUCUCUGGACAAAGAAAGUACUCAGACACAAAUGUCCUCCCCACCAACCUGACAUAUCAAAUGAAUCCCCAACACCCGAGCUUAACCGCUGAGGAUCUUAGGCUGUGGCAAAGUAAAUUGCCAAGUCCCAUACCAGCCACCCAAAGUACCAGUUAUCACUACAACACAAACCAAAACCAUUUCACCGCCUACGAGCCUUUGUCUUCCGGUGGUAUUCUGAAAUGUGCAGCCAGCCGGGACGCCUAUCCAUUUGAUCCGCAGGGAAUUAAGAAGUCGUACAGCUCAAAACCCCCAAUAUCCUGGGAUCCCUACAAAGUGACCCAGGCUUCUCCCUUCCAAAUCAACACGGACUCCUGUCCCCGCACAGCUCAGCAAGACUUUACAGCCUCUGUGUCCUACAAUGGAAACACAAUGCACCUCACCUAUGAAGAGGUGAUGAAGCUGAAGAAAAUGCUCUCAAACUCAUCGUGAAGAUCAGUCAGACCAUUAAACUGACAGUCCAACACCGCAUUAAAGCUGCAGGUCCGCUGCUAGUCUCAGUUCUUUUGAAUCAAGGCUGAAGACCUUUAUUUUUGAUGUGGCCUUUCUUCAAAUGAUGAUGUUCAUUCCUUUAAUGUUUAUAUUCUUAUGCUGCACUGUAACUUUGAUUCCUGUGUUUUAUCUGUCUUAAUGUUUUAAUGUAAUGUUUUUUUUCUGAUUUUGUGUAAAGCACUUUGAAUUGCCCUGUUUCUGAAAUGUGCUCUACAAAUAAAGCUGCCUUGCCUUGACCAAGGUACAUUCCUCUUUCAUAUGGUGUUUUUUUUACUGAAGUUCAUUAAAUUGUCAAAGUGUCAAAUUACCGAAAUAAUCAAAAUGAUUAAUUAAUAAUAAUUAAUUAAUUAAGCUGUAUAUCUGUGUAUAUAUACGGUCUGCAUAUAUAAGGGUGUUUAUUGUGUAAAUAAGUUUGUAUUGUUUCUGUCAAUUUUUCCUAUUUCUUAAAAUACUUUCUGUACAUUUUUUCUCCUGUCUAUUUAAUGGGUAUUUGUGUUGUUCUGAUGUGUGUACAUUUUUUUUUCUUUUGAGCUGCUGUAACACAGACUUUACUGUUAUAUUAGCUUAACUUAUCAGCACAGCUUGAUUUACAAGAAAUGUGCACUGUGCACUUUUUUAGAUUUGUCUGUACAUAAAUAUUACUUGUAUAAUACAUUUAGCACACAGUUACAAUGUCAUAUGAAUUUAAAUACAUUAAAAUAAAUAAA